AUGCCGAAGAACUUUGUAUUACCUACAGUGCUGGAACCAUACAAGGGGUUCGAUGACCUCCGAGCUCAUGUUAAAAAGUUUCAAUCCAUGAUGUUUUUUAACGGCGCUAACAACGAGCCCGUGCUUUGCCGGGCUUUUCCUACUUAUCUUGAUGGUGCUGCAUUACUGUGGUUUUCUAAACUGUCUGCAGGUUCAAUUUCCUCCUUUGAGGAACUAGCGAGAUCCUUUAUUGACUAUUUCGCUGCAUCGAGAAUUUAUGUCCAUGGAUCAGACUACCUAGGCACAAUCAAGCAAGGCCAACACGAGAGUUUAAAAAACUACAUGACCAGGUUUUCCGAGGCUACUAUGGAGAUCCAAGACUUGGAUCCGGCGGUCCACCUGCAUGCCCUCAAGGCCGGCCUCCGACCAGGCAAAUUCCGGGAAAUCAUUGUGAUAACAAAACCAAAAACACUGGAGGAGUUCCGAGAAAGGGCUGCAGGUCAAAUGGAGAUUGAAGAACUCCGCGAGGCUCAAAAGCCGGAUAGACAACCUCAGCAGAUGGAUGAGAAAAAAGCUUUCAGAUCACCAAGCAACAAGGAUACAAAAAGGCCCUUCAAACUCACACCAAAAUACAACACGUAUACUAGAUUCAAUACCAAGAGAGAAAACAUCAUCAAAGAAAUUCUGAAUGCCAAAAUUGUGAAGCCGCCAGCUCGAGCAGGGAACUACCAGGACCAAAGGCUUGUGGAUAGGAGCAAGCACUGCGCCUUCCACCAGAAGUUCGGCCACACCACCGACGACUGCAUUGUCGCAAAAGACCUCUUAGAGAGACUGGCACGCCAAGGGCUUCUGGACAAAUAUGUUGAGAGCCGGAAAGCCAGAAGAACAAACUCAGACAGAGAGGUGAACAAACAAACAGUGAUAGACAAAAAAGAACAGACAACUCCUGAUCCACCAAGAGGAAUCAUUAGCCACAUAUCAGGAGGCUUUGCAGGCGGAGGUGAGACAAGCUCGGCCAGAAAGCGAAGCUACAGGGCGAUGCUGGCAAUUGAGGGAACACUACAGUCAAGGAAGGACAAGGACCCAGACGUCACGAUAUCCUUCAACCAAGCAGACUUCAGAUCGGCAAGCCCUAACCUCGACGACCCAGUGGUGAUUUCCAUCCAGGUCGGAGAGUUGUUGGUAAGAAAAACACUACUGGACCCAGGUAGUAGCGCUAAUGUUUUAUUUUAUUCUACCUUUAAAAAGAUGCAAUUAUCAGAAAAACUGAUACAACCCUCCUCGGGAGAGCUAAUGGGUUCUCCGAAGAAAGAGUCCCCAUCAUGGGACAUAUAUGGCUGA